CUAUCUGUCCGUAUGUCUCUUCGAUAUCGUCCUCUUUCCCUUACAGUAGAAUACAUAAUAAGAGAGGCGACGACGCGACACUAUUACUGUUAUCUGCGUUUCCAGAGCAACGCAGAUCGAGUACAUCUCAUACAAUGCGCUCGUUUUUCAAGUACGCAUCGCUAUACUAUAGGCUUACUUUGCUAGUCUGAUAGCUAAUUCGAUUGACAUAACGUAAUUAUCGGUCGCUGUUAAUUAGUUCUCGUUUGCCGCAGCAACUAGAAACUGGGAAGACGAAAUAAGGGCAACGUCGCCGGAAUAAUUUCAAUGCGUCGCGUCGCAUCGGCCGUUGCCUUUUUACCUGACAAUCAGAUUACUUUCAACGCGAAUUGUUCUGUGCGGAAUUCCUCCUUGAAAAAUUAAAUAAAAAGUAGAAGAAAUUUGUAUUGGUCCGUAGGAAACGCUUGGUUAUCUUAUCGUUACACGGAUUCCAAUCAAUUUGGACGAGUAUACUUGAUCAAGGAUGAAAAUUUUCAUACCAGAUUCGACAUGAAAAAGAGAAAAAGAAAAAUGAAGUAAAGUUAAAUUGCGUUCAGUCGAUUCGAGUCGAUUCGAGUCGAUUCGAGUCGAUUCGAGUCGAAUCAGAUGCAAUUCGAGUUGGGUCGGGUCGAGUCGGGUCGAGUCGGGUCGGGUCGAUAUUCCUGGCUGCGUGUGUCUUUAAGGCGAGCUACCACACCGUACCUGCAACAGCUGGUUAAAGGGUCCGCUUCCAUCAUCCUUUGCUUUCUUCUUUUCUCCAUUUUCACUGUCCGCGUCCAUUUAAUACUUACGAUAAAUAAAUAAAAUAAAAUAAAAUAAAAUAAAAGAAAAGGAAACUUUGUUCUUUCGUUCGUAUCGAGCAGAAGAAUAGUAAGAAAAAUUGAAAAAUAAACACAAAACAGCUGGGUUUUUAUCGAUUUGUACGUAGAUAUUUUGAGCGAGUAACAAGCAAAACGUAAGCGUAUUAAUAAACCUGCUGGUUACGGUUACCGUUUCCUAUGCGCCUAAUAAUGUGUGUCCUCCGUACGCGUUCGCUUUUCUUCCUUCUUCCUUUUCUCCUUUUCUCUCUUUUUUCCUUUUUUUCCUUUUUAUUCUGUCAAGUAGGAACGAACAUCGUGUCCAGUGCAGAUAGCUGGUUCGUUAUUCUUUUCCUUGUAUGUAUAUCUACGGUGAACAACGAACUCGGUAUACCUUAGGAAUACUAGACAAUAACUCUUUUGUCUAUGGUUGAAGGCGCGUAGAGGAGGAAUAUUACAACGCCGCUAGAUUAUUACAAAGGUUGUCUGGUAAAGAAAACUCAUGAGACGGAUAUCGUCCUCUCUGCGUCUCUGCGUUGGAUACGAUUCUUCAGCGAACCGCGUUUGCCGUGGUUCGAGUUUGCGUACUCGAAACUAUUCCAACUACGCUUACACGCUUAUUAACAGAUAUUUUUUCUUUGAAAAUUCAUCAACCCACCAGACUGUUUGCAACGUAUUAGCAUGGAGUAAAUUUUGUUGACGUAUCAAAAUUAGAACCACGUAUGAGUCGUCAAAGUGAAGAAGGUGAAGAAGGUGAAGAAGGGAAAAAGGGAAAGGGCGAGACAGGAGGGAGAGAACGAACCGAGAUCAGACGGUCCAGUAGCAAGUUUCAGGAUGAAAAUUCUCCUUUCCGGUCUAUCUUACCUUACCGUUUACGUCCAUCUUCGGCUAGCUACUAUAAUGAUAAUGAUAAUGAUAAUCAUUCUUAGAAUUUUUUUCCGCGUUCAACUGCCAAAGGAAAAUAUUCGCUGAUGAUUCAACUAGUCGAAAAGUCAUUGCUCUAUGAAGGAAGACGAUAAAAGUCAUCCAACAUGAUUACACGGAAACAUGACUGGAUUCGCGCGUAGGUAGAGGUCUAUGUCCGAUUAACUGUUGACGCGCGAAUAACGUACACGAACCAUCUGUAAUUUCUAAAUCGAUCAAUAUACAUAUCAUAAUGGCUAAUUAUUACUAAGCUGAUGAAACUUGAACGGGCGUAACAUAGUUUAUGUUAGGAAGGGAAAGAAAGAAGGAUCAUUGUCGUAUUUUAAGGAAAGACAGGAUUCGAUUAGAUUCGAUUCGAUUCGAUUCGAAUUGAGCGUCAGUAAACUUUAGAUAUAAAGUUGGCGCGGCAGAGGUAGCGCCUCUCCUCGGCUAGGCAGUUCUUCUCUCUACUACUGCUAUGUAAGUACUACACUACUACUACACUACUACACUCUAGGUUAUAGGUGUGUAUAGCGGUCGGGUGUUUGGCCGUUUUGCCGUUCGUUCGGCCGGUCGGUCGCGCGGGCGCACUUGCUUUUCCUUGCUGCUAAGUUGGCAACCAGUGGCGCGACGCGGUACGUAGCUUUGCGUUUGCCAGUCACCGACAAAGCUUCAACCUAUACGCGUCCGCUUCCAAGGCAAUUUGUAGCCGCGAUCGGUGACGUUUUUUGCCAUUGGAAUUGAAAUUAUAGCCUUGACGCGCCAGCAUAAAAGGCUAUUUAAAGGAUCGUUGGACGGAACGCGAGCGAUUCUGACGAAUAACAUCCAAACAUGUCGAGAACAGUUCUGGAAGUAUAUCGAUCCGCCGACGUUCAGGUCGGGGGCGGUCAAUGCCCGAUGGCGUGGACUGGAACGCAACGCUGGAGAAAUCCUGCUCCAGAAGGUGACGAUGUGCAGCGAUCGAUCGAGCUGUUGGACAAAGUGCUGUCAGAGUACGACGAGCACGAAACAGAGGGCGAAGGCGGUGGAGGCGUCGUCGGUGUCGGUGUCGGUGUCGGCGUCAGCGUCGGCGUCGGAAUCGGUGUCGGAAGUGGCGGCAACGGAGGCGGGACCGGCACAGGCGUUGGAGAUUGUGGCAGCAGCACGGAACCGAGUAUUGGUCUCACACCCGACGACGAAAGUCCGUCCUUAGGACAUCAAUCCGAGGACGACGGUUACAUGAGCAUGAAUGGACGGAAGGCAAAGAUGGCACUGGUAGCGUUACGUCCAGUUCCGGAUUGUCCAGAGCCUCAGGAUCUCGUUGGAAUAUCCAGGCAACAAUUUCCUCCGCCACCGGAGGAAGCCGAGCGAAUUAUCUCCACUUUGUUACCGAUGGUAUCGCCUGGAAAUUCGUCCAAGAGAAGCGGUCGUUCGGCCGAUCGUCGAAAUGGACGACAUCAAUGGAUGAUGGCUAUGCAAGAUAGCAUACGACAAGGAAACGGUGCCGCGAUUACCACUCAAACCACUCUCCCCAAAACGCGACACCAGAGACCGUACGGAUGGGAGAACGGUCACGGUAGCGAACCCCUCAAACGAGCUCAUCCUCCGAGCCCUCCGAGCAAAUUUGCCAGCUUGCCUUACGACGGCAAGAUAUCGUUCGGAUGGAUUCCGCCGAGGACCAAUCCGACUACCGUCGAGAAACACCGCGAGGUUAAACGUCGAUCCUCCGAAGAGGAGGAGGAGGAGGAGGAGGAGGAGGAGGAGGAGGAAGAUGAGAACGACGCAGUCGAGAGAGAAAAGAAACGGUUCGAAAAAGAUCGCGCUUCCCAUUUGCGAAAGCAACGUCAGAAUAAUGAAAUGACAAAAUCGAGCAGCGUGGAAGAUCGGCUGCUGAUGAAUCACGAACGAAACGCCGAUGAAAAUGAAGGAAACGAUCGAAAUGAUCGAAAUGAUCGAAGAAGAACCGAUUCGGACUCGAGCGAGGGUAGAUUUUCGAGAAACUCAGAGUCCGAAAGAUCCUCGAUCCCUCGUUCCAGCUCGGUCAGCGUCGAGAGAUUCUCGAUGCGAGCCACCUGCGAUUCUUCCGACUUCUCCAGAGCCAAUUCAACCUCCAACGAAAGAUUUCACUCGGAUUUCUCGAUAGCCGUGGCCAGCGCCAGCUCCAACGAUCGCGUCUCCAUGCCGACCUCUGAUCCUUUCUCGAUUCGAAACUUGGAUUUUGUCUCGUACUCUCUGCCGAACCGAGCCGACUCGAGUGAAAGAUUUUCCGCCCCGACCUCGGACAGAUACUCCGAGGAACGAUAUUCCGACAUGUUCUCCACCAGAAACUCGGAUUUCUCCACCCGAAAUUCAACCGACUUUCGAACCCAGUCCGAGGAGGAACGAUUCUCGGACGACUCUUUGGAAGAACUUUUGCCCCCUCCUCCUCCUCCUCCUCCUCCACCACCGAUCAGCAAGAGACAUUCGAUCGCUUGGGAAGUGCCCUUGGAAGACGAUCCCCUUUACGCUCCUGGAAGCACCAAGGUGAUCGGCAGGAGACGACGAAAGAGCAGCGACGUAUCCAGCGUCGGUUCCGCGUCGAAAUUACGCGACUUGGACGACGAGUGGCAGGACCCACGACUUUCCACCACCGACGACGAUCUGGUAUCACCGUACUCGGAUUCCUCGACGAACGAGCUCGAUCAAAUACGACCGGAAGCUUUUACGAAAAACGGCACUUACGUGAUACGUCGCGGUCGAAAGAAGGAAAGGAAAGGACUGCCGAAAGCCCCUAGCAACGAAAGCUUGUCCUUUGAAAAUAGCGAGAGGAACCGGUUGUCCGAGGUGAAACGAUACUCGAGCACCUUCGACAACAUCAAAAGUCUUUUGAGGGAGAAGAAACUGGAAGCAACCAACGAUCAUCCACCGAAUCCAGUCGAAUUCGGUUCGUCCCUCCUUCCUCCCGACCUGAUCAGAGUGAUCUCGCUUCCAGCGAUCAACGACCAAGAAGCCGACGACGAUCGAGGACAGCUCGAGGUGACGGUCGAAGAGGAGGAAACGUCGGAUCUUGACUCGGACAAGGAUAAAAAGAGGCGCGAAGAGGUAGUCGAGCAACUGGCACGAUUUUCCUCGUCGGGCUUCGCCGCCUCGUUCUCCUUGUCUUUAUCGUUGUCGUUGUCGACCACCGCGGACGACGAGAACGAUCGUAACCAAGAAAACGUCCAACGAAUCGUCGGUACCACCUGCAACGGAACCUCUCUGUCGGCCUCCAACAGUUACUCGAAAGGAUUCGCCGAAAGGACUGGCAAUUCGUACGCCGAAGAACAGCCGAGCGCGAAAAAGUCUUCCAAUUGUAGUAGCCUGGUUGUCGUCGGUAGCGAACAUCGACUAGCCUCGAAAAUACCUGUCAAUCUUUUGAUCGAAGACCAGAUCGUAAAGAAAGCGUUAAAGGAGAAUCGUCGGCAACUGGAAAAAGUAAGCGACGCUAUCAAGGAGAUCGAAAGCGUUAAGAACAGCGAAACGUACAGUGAGAACAAACGAUGGAAAACCGAGGGAAAACAUCCAACCAAGAGGAACAGUCUCGAGAUCGAUCAGAACGAAGUUCUGAAAUCGAUCGACGAUGUAAACUUACAAGUAGAAGAAGCCCGCGCGAAAAAACAACGAGACUCGGACAACUCGAUUGAUUCGGACUUGGAAGCCAAGGCCAGCCCGAAAACAGAAGAUUUUCAUUCUUCAGGGAGAAGAUCGCGACAGAUCGGUUGUCGGUGUCGGUGUCGCUGUCGCUGUCGCUGUCGAAAUCAUAGAAACGAUCAAAAAGAAAUCGAGAACGUGAUCGACGCUAUCCUCCAAGAUUCGAAAAAUCCAGAUUUUCAGGUAUCGUCGAGGGUUCUAGAAUUUCCACCGUUACCACCUUCCCCCGUCGAAGAAGAAGCGGACGAGGAAAGCUCGGAUAUAGGACAAACCGGUGUAACUGCUCCGAAAGCUAAAAGCCAUAACAACCGAACGAUGGAGUACAGGCCUAGAGUUCCACCGCAUCGUGCUGCUGCCCCACUGGCUUCCUCAGAUUCCAAAGCUCACUUUCAAACCUCUCUCAACACUAGAUCCAUGGACGCUGGAUUUUCGCGGGGUAGGCGUAGUACACCUACUGCCGGACGAGAGUCCAUCCAGACGAGAGUACGUACUCUGCCUACGGAUUUAACCGGACCUUCGCGGCGACGACCUUUCACGAAAAGGCACUCACCGUCGAUCGGAGCCGUGCGCGUCUUCCGAUGGAAGUGCCACCGCUACGGCAAUUGCAAAUGGUCAUGGAAAUGGAAUGGAAAUGGAAAUGGAAAUGGAAAUCGGUGUGGUAAUGGUGGAACCUCCACCACGAACGUGGCGACCGGUUCCGGGAUGCAGACUUCUUGUUCCCUUCCGGAAACUCCUGUUUUCGCUAGAGGCAGCGACAUUCUAGAACUCCUCAGCAUGCAAACACACUCGACGCAGAUGCGUCGACAACCUGGUUGGUACGCUCCAACCACCGCUACCACCGGGUAUCGACGAAACAAUCCAGGUUUGGAACAGGCGAUAAUCGGUACGGAGUCUCGAUUAGCGGGUGGUCCGAGUCGAGGAUGGUAUCCGACCAGGAAGGCGAAUCAACCACGACCGGCUUCGAUCGAGCAUCUGGAGCGGUUGAACAACGCGUACGACGCACGGCUAGUCGGAACCGGGGACCAGAGGAAACCGCUCACUUUGCCUACAAACAUCACACCGAACAAAUACUUCGGCCAAAGUAAGCACAGCUCCGCCUCCAGUACUCGCGAGGCGCUACGCAGGGUCACUAGCUUGCUCAUCAAGAAAGGAAGCGGAAGCAAGGACAGCAAGGGUGGAAAGGAGGGCGGAUCGUCGUGCGGUCCUUACGCCGGUGACGGCCCCGAAUGCGGCGGAGAUGCGCCAAAAGAGAAAGGGUUUUUCAAGUUCUGGAAGAGAUCGCGUCAUUAUCGCUGGAGAACCAAUAGCCCAGGGUAAGCGGUUAUAAGGUGACGAGCCACCAGCGACAGAGACACGCGUUACGCCAACAUCACCAUUAUCGACAGCAACGCGUCCCUACCACCGGCCGCUUGACGAACAAUGCUUGUUGCUGCAUCGUCCAGUAGCAGCGCAUCGAUACCGCUUCGUGCUAAUUCUUCCAGGCGACAACUUCGCGUCCUCUUCGUCCAUUUCCGUCGACCUUUAGUAAGUCAGUCGCCCUCGACCGGUGCCGUGGGUACCAGCCCCCAAAGAUCCAAACCAGCUACACCAAUCCGUGGAAAUUCACCGGUAAGUCGUAAUAAUCUCAGCGAGGUGGAAGGUAAGAUCGAUUCUAAAUUGGAACGAGUGCGCGCGGCUCUACUCGAGAGUAGAUAGUCGUAAAAAUCACACAACUCCGGAUCAAGACCGUGUGGCUAAUCUAAUCGGUCGCAUCCGAUCGUUAAAUUCUCUUUAAUCGUCAAACGAGAGCUAGCUACCCGUUUCUUUCCCAUCUUUCUUCACCGCGUACUCAACGCGGAAAUCCUACGUUGUUAGAAAGCGAAUAAUUUAUUGUACCCACUGCUGCUAACACCACCUACUCGGACUAUUGGAAUAUUUGCACGGUGUUAAACGCGAUACUAUGUACAAUACAACAACAAAGAAAAAGAAAAAG